CCAAAUUUUUUUUCAUACCUAGCAGUUAUCAGGGUUGCAGCACCUCCAUUUUCCUCAAAAUUAAGACAGGCUGUUUUUCUUUUUUAAAUUAAAGAUGAAGGAACUUCAAAAAACCCACGGCCUCUCCACACAGAGUUAGGCUUAGCUUUAAGAAAAGAUUUAGGACUGAGGAGAGAACAGCAGGGCAAAGGGGGCAAUGGGCAUGCGGACAAAGACUUUGCACCUGGCUGGUGGCAUCCGUGAGGUUAUGCAGCCCUAGAAGCGCCUCCUUUGCAAUUGCUUCCCAGGGUAGCGAGACCCUUCCUUCUUCCUUCCGUCUUCCUCUUGUCUAUAUUUGCUGCCUUCAAUUUGGGCCUCAUGUCAGCCCGCUUUGACGACUUAGACCCUGCCGACCGCUUCACGGAUCUCGACCAGCUGGUCUUUGCGGCCAUGCUGUUGGGUUCUGUGUUCAUUGGCAUCUUUAUCGCCAUGGGCGAAGCCCAUCUAAGUCACAGUGACUAUUUGAUGGGCAGCCACAGCCUGAAUUGUUUGCCUGUGGCAUUCUCCCUCGCAGCUAGCUUCACGUCUGCGUUGACCAUGCUGGAGACCCCGGCUGAGGUCUACCGCUUUGGGAGCACUGCGGGACUCUUCGGUAUUGCCUAUUGCAUCAUGGUGGUGAUCAGCGCCGAAGUGUUUCUACCCAUUUACUACAGGCUGGAUAUCGGCAGCACCUAUGAGUACUUGCAGCUUCGAUACAAUAAAUAUAUACGCAUGCUUGGAACAGUCAUGUUUAUGAUAAUAACGAUAAUAUACACUGGAAUUGUUCUAUUUUCUCCAUCACACGCCUUGAAUAAAGUUACAGGAGUUCAGUUGUGGGAGUCUAUUAUUUCAACAGCAGUAAUCUGUACUUUCUAUUGCACAGUGGGUGGCCUAAAAGCAAUAGUUUGGACUGAUGUUUUCCAGUUUACACUGAUGAUAUGUGCGCUUCUGGCAGUGCUUAUACGGGCUCUGAUUAUUAAAGGAGGAAUUGGUCCUAUUAUAGAUGAUGCUGUCGAUGGAGGAAGAAUAAGAAAAUGGGACUUUGACCCAAACCCUCUGCGAAGGCAUACAUUCUGGACAGUAGUUGUUGGUGGUACUUUCACUUGGCUUAGCGUAUAUGGAACCAAUCACUGUCAAGUUCAACGAUACCUUGCCUGCAGAUCGCAACGUGAGGCAAAAAAAUCUCUGUAUAUAACUCUUGUGGGAAUCUGCUUAAUUCUGUGUUUUGCAAUUGGAUGUGGAUUUGCAAUGUACUCUAUAUACAAGGAUUGUGACCCAUGGACUGCCGGCUUUGUGUCAGCACCAGAUCAGAUCAUGCCAUAUCUUGUGAUGGAUAUUUUGGGAGACUUUCCAGGACUUCCGGGACUUUUUGUGGCUGGGACCUUCAGUGGAACAUUAAGUACAAUGUCUUCCAGCAUCAAUGCGUUAGCUGUUGUAACUGUAGAAGAUCUUAUUAAACCUAAUUUCAAAGUCUCUGAAACAAACUUGGCAUGGAUUUCCGUUGGAACUAAGGUGCUGUAUGGUUCAGUGUGCCUUUCCAUGGCUGGAGUGGCAUCUGUUAUGUCUAGCUUUUUACAGGCUGCAUUCAGUCUUUUUGGAAUCGUUGGUGGCCCUCUUUUGGGGAUAUUUUCUUUGGGCAUCCUCAUGCCUUUCGCAAAUUCUAAAGGUGCAUUUUCAGGUCUACUUUGUGGAUUUAUUAUUGUUUUGUGGAUUGGAUUUGGGUCUCGGAGGCACCCUGCCCCUCCGCACAGAACAUUGCCAUUGCCCCUUUCAGUUAGAAACUGUACAAAAUACAAUACUACACAGUUAACUACUACUCUCCAUCCUACAACUUCUGCAAGACCUGACAAAAAAGAUUACUGGUGGUUCUCACUGUCAUAUCUAUACUUCAACCCAUUAGGAACUUUGAUCACAUUUACUGUGGGAUCAAUUAUGAGUUUAGUAACAGGGGGAUUAGACCAACAUGUGGAAAGCAAGCUUAUGUAUGGCAAAGAGGACAUAAUGGCCAACUUCAGGUAUUGGAAAAAUAAAUGGGUACAGCUGUCCAAUAGGCUUCGUCCAACAGUACAGCCAAUACAGCCAGUGGUUUGUGGCCAAUUACCGUCUACAACUGGUGCUGUAGAAGAUACCCUACCUUUGGAAGAUAACAGAGAAAGAAAGAGCACCCUACUUUCGGAAGCGAGGAAGAGCACCCAACUUUUGGAAGGGAAGAGCAAUCUACUUUUGGAACCGAAGAGCAACCUACUUUUGAAAGGGAAGAGCGGCCUACUUUUGGAAGGGAAGAGCAACCAACUUUUGAAAGGGAAGAGCAGCCUACUUCAAAAGCAUCUCAAGUGAAAAAUAAAAAUGAGCAUGCAGUACAAUGUC